AAUUACGCUGCGGCGUACAGACUAGUAGCUAAUUGGUUAGAUCUCGUGUACUGACCCACAUCCAUAUAUUGGUAGAAGGUUUCGACUUGCUCUUACUGUCUCAUAAUUCAGCAGCAUUAUACAUACGCCCGACCACAAACCAACCCCCUUUAAAAUGGAGAGAAAAAAGAAGAUAUUGUAUCAACUAGAUACUCCGUUCUCAGCAGUAUCGUGGCCAAACGUAGCCCUCGAAGAUCAAGAGACAAUCUUGGAAUUGUUAUGCACUCUUCUUGCGCCAUUGGGCCAGUAUCGCUCAGAAAAUUUCCAUCCAUCCAAAGGGAAACGUGACAGGAAACGGAAGCGCAAAUCACCAAAUACUCAAUCUAGAGAAAGUCUGCCUCCUCCGGCGCCAGAACUCCGAUCAUAUGUCGACAUCGGCUUGACGGCCGUAACGCGCCAUCUUCAGGAGAUAGCGUCAGAAGGGGAGAAUGUGGAGCAGAGUGAAGACAAGCCUCCCACCUCUCAAGAAACACAUACUCCCUCUUAUUCAGCUAUCUUUGUAGCCCGAUCCGGUCACCCAAACGCCCUCGAUGGCCAUCUCCCUCAGAUGGUAGCCGUCGCCUCCAAAUCGCAUCCCACCCGGGCACCCAUCAGGUUAGUAGGGUUAUCGAAGUCGUGCGAGGACCGCCUAUCCAAAUCUCUAGGAAUACCUCGCGUUUCUUGUAUUGGUAUUAAAGAUGGAAGCCCUAAUUCGAAGGCGCUGGUCGAAUUUAGCCGACAACACGUCCCUGUUGUCGAGAUACAAUGGCUAGAAGAGGCGAAACAAGCCAGACACAGGGAGACGAAUAUCAAUGUUAUAGAAACCUCUGUGGGUAGCAAGAAGCAGCACAGCCGCGGACCUCCUAGUUGAUAAUAGUAUAGUAAUUAAUACGUUCAUCAGCCGUACAGGAACAUAAUUGUUUAUCUUCGGACCUAUACACAUCAAUUAUAGGGGACCUUAGAAUAAGAGCGACGCCUUUUCUUACGGGUAUUUACGACUCUUUUUGAUGUGCAAGUCUGUUUGCGAUUAGGGAUUAGAUGGGUGCGUGCAUCUGCAGGCGCCAGUCUGGACCAUUGGCAUGUUUACCGCUCCUACCAACA